AUGUUAGCUGUGGGGCCUAUGGAGGGCACCCGGCAGAGCGCGUUCCUGCUGAGCAGCCCGCCCCUGGCUGCCCUGCACAGCAUGGCUGAGAUGAAGACCCCGCUGUACCCCGCCGCCUACCCACCGCUCCCGACGGGGCCCCCGGCUUCCUCUUCCCCUUCUUCCUCCUCGUCGUCUUCGUCGUCCUCUUCGCCCUCUCCACCCUUGGGCGCCCAUAACCCCGCCGGCCUCAAACCCCCGACCUCGGGGGGGCUCUCGUCUCUGGGCAGCCCUCCACAGCAGCUCUCGGCUGCCACCCCGCACGGCAUCAACGACAUCCUGAGUCGGCCCUCCAUGCCCCUGACCUCCGGGGCCUCCCUGCCCUCUGCCUCGCCCUCCGGCUCCUCCUCUUCUUCCUCCUCUUCUGCCUCCUCUGCCUCCUCCUCCUCUUCUUCCUCCUCCUCAGCAGCCGCAGCCGCAGCCGCUGCCGCUGCCGCUGCAGCCGCCUCCUCCCCGGCUGGGCUCCUGGCCGGCCUGCCUCGCUUCAGUAGCCUUAGCCCCCCGCCGCCUCCCCCUGGCCUCUACUUUAGCCCCAGUGCAGCCGCAGUGGCGGCUGUUGGCCGGUACCCCAAGCCCCUGGCGGAGCUCCCUGGCCGGACCCCCAUCUUCUGGCCUGGGGUGAUGCAGAGUCCUCCGUGGAGAGAUGCCCGGCUUGCUUGUACCCCUCAUCAAAGUUCAAUUUUGCUGGACAAAGAUGGGAAGAGGAAACAUACAAGACCCACGUUCUCAGGACAGCAGAUUUUCGCUCUGGAAAAGACUUUUGAGCAAACGAAAUACUUGGCGGGACCCGAAAGAGCGAGGCUGGCUUAUUCUCUGGGGAUGACGGAGAGUCAAGUCAAGGUUUGGUUCCAGAACCGUCGGACCAAGUGGAGGAAGAAACACGCAGCUGAGAUGGCCACAGCCAAGAAGAAGCAGGACUCCGAAACAGAGCGGCUGAAGGGGGCCUCGGAGAACGAGGAGGAAGACGACGAUUAUAACAAGCCUCUGGACCCCAACUCCGACGAUGAGAAAAUCACCCAGUUGUUGAAGAAACACAAGUCUAGCAGCAGCAGCCUGCUUGUGCACACGUCAGAGAAUGAAAACUCCUCUUAA